AUGUCUCAGGCACAGAUUGGGAUUCAUGGGAUCGACUUGGUACCCCAGGGGACUGCCUAUGGCCUGCUUAUUGGUUUAGGCGUCCUUUUCUGCGGUGUCAUUCUGAUUGCCAUCAAGGUCCAGAAGGCUUAUUUGUCUGAGGAUUCUGCAACCUCGGAGAUGUUCAUGGUCGCAAACAGAUCAGUCGGAACAGGGUUAACAGCAUCGGCGGUCUUUUCUUCCUGGAUGUGGAUCAACGAGACGGUGCUGUCGGCCGCCAUGUGCUAUAGAUACGGAUUAGCAGUUCCUUUGUGGUGGGGAUCCGGUCUCUGCUUUCAGAUUGCCCUAAUGGCUGCUCUCGGAGUCAUGGCCAAGAUUCGUGUACCUUACGCGCAUACGUCUCUGGAGAUCAUCAAAAUGCGAUACGGCACAGUGGGACAUUUGGUCUUUAUUGUUUUGAACCUGACGAACAAUGUCUUCGGCUGUGCUUCAAUGAUCCUUGUUGGCUCUCAGCUAGUAUAUGGGAUUUCUGGUAUGCACUUUGUUGCUGCCACUAUUUUGAUUCCAUUGGGAGUGGUCUUGUACACUGCGGUCGGAGGACUCAAAGCCACCUUCCUAACUGACUUCCUACACACUGCUGUGGCCUUAAUCCUCAUCAUCUUCUUUACGUUGUCGAUAUUGACCCAUGACGCCGUCGGUGGACUAAGCGGCCUCUACGACAAGGUCGUGGCUACAGCCAGCGAGAAUUACAUCUCCGGUAACUAUGAGGGAUCAUUGCUAACUAUGAAAUCCAAGGAAGCCAUCAUUUGGGGGUUGAUCUUGAAGUUCGGAAACCUCGCCCUCGUGGUCAUGGAUACUGCUUUCUGGCAAAAGUCCUUUGCUAGUGAAGUCAACUCUACCGUGCCCGCAUACAAUCUCGCCGCGGUCGCUGUCUUUGGCAUCCCAUGGGGCUUAGGAACGGUCAUCGGAUUGUCAGCUAGGGCUCUCCAUCGCACAGCCAUCUUCCCUACCUUCCCUGCAGACAUUACUGAAGCUGAGGUGGAGGCUGGCCUUGUCAUGCCGUACCUUGUCAAGGCCCUGAUCGGAGACUCUGGGAUUGUCGCAUUCUUCGUGCUUCUAUUCAUGGCCCUUACUAGUACGGUCUCGUCUUCCAUGAUUGCCGUCAGCAGCAUCCUCUCAUUCGACCUCUACAAGACAUACUUCAACCCCAAGGCUACCGACAAGAAGCUUCUGCACGCAAGCCAUAUCACCGUCGUCUUCCACGCCAUCUUCAUCACCGGCAUCUCGAUCGCCCUCAACUACGGAGGGGCCAACAUGACCUGGAUUGGCUACUUCCGCCCCAUCCUCUCCUGCCCGGGUAUCAUUCCGCUCGGUCUCACUCUUUUCUGGGACGGACAGACAAAACUAGCAGCGAUCCUCUCCCCGGUCCUAGGCUUCUUCACUGGCCUCGCCAUCUGGCUCGGCACUGCCCAUGCGCUCUACGGUGAAGUCACCAUGACAACAACGGGCGCAGGUCUACCAGCGCUCUACGGGGCCAUCGGCUCAUUCUUUUCGCCCGCCUUAUAUUCCGUUGUAAUCUCUCUCUACAAGCCCUACAAAUUCGACUGGCGCGAGUUCCUUCGCAUUGAACUCGCCGACGAAGCCCAGCUUCACGCCUCCGACACACCGUCCCUCGCGAGCACGGAAACAAAGAACCAACAAGGCACCGAGACACCCAAGCCUGACACAACCGAAUCCAACGCCGACCCCGAGCGCACCGCCGCGCAAGCGAACGAGAAAUCGGUCUCCGUCUCCACUCGCCUCCGGACUUCCCCAACCCAGCUUUCCCUUGACGACAUCCGACAUCCCUUCAGCGAGGAAACGCUCAAGGAGCUGAACCGGUGGAUGAAGAUCGCAUGGGCUAUCUUUGUCGUCCUCGUCCUUGUCACAUUUGUUCUGUGGCCAAUGCCGCUGUAUCGUGAUUAUAUCUUCACCAAGUCCUUCUUCUCCGGGUGGGUGAGUGUUUCGAUCGUGUGGCAGUUUUUCGCAUUCUUUGCCGUUGUGAUUUAUCCGCUUUAUGAUGGGAGGUAUGAGAUUGCAAAGGGGGCGAAGGGGAUUUGGAAAUCGAGCAAGGACCUUUUUGCGAAGAAGAAAGCAUAA